CUGAAUCUUAAUUGAUUUUUCCUCUUAAUGGUCCAUCACAUUGUCAUUACUGGACAUCUUAAUAGUUUCUCUCACCAAGUCCUUUCCUUUACUCACUCAAGAUGAUUUUAUGACACCAAACAGUCUCACCGAAAUGUUAUUAAUACUUCGUUUGUCAAGUUUACUAUGGCAGAAUCAUACCAUGUCUCCGAAGUUACAGUUUAGUGCAAUGCAAUCUUCAUCAUUAUCGUCAGUUUCAACACCUUUUGAUCAUCAAGUGAAAGCUUUACCGCCUAGCCUACGAUCAUGUCUACAAGAAUGCUCGGAACCUGUUACUGCUAAAGUCGUUGGACAAAUCCCAACGUGGGUCAAAGGAUAUUUACUACGUAAUGGUCCAGGUCUUCGUAAAAUUGGUCCUGAUGAGUAUCGUCAUUUAUUUGAUGGUCUUGCGCUUAUCCAUCAAUUCACUAUUGAUAAUGGUUAUGUUACCUAUCGUAAUAAAUUUUUACGCUCAGAGGCUUAUGUAAGAAAUAUGAAGGCCAAUCGAAUUGUUGUCUCUGAUUUUGGAACUCGUGCUUAUCCUGACCCAUGUAAAAGUUUACUUGGAAGGUACAUGAGUUACUUUUCAUUUAAACAAUUUACAGACAAUGACUCUGUCAGUAUUUAUCCAGUUGGUGAUGAAUUAUAUGCUUCUACUGAAUCAACUUUUCUUCAUAAAAUUGAUCCUAAAACAAUUAAUUCAACAGGCAGUACUAAUAUGGCCCAAUAUGUUGCUGUCAACACUCAAACGGCUCAUCCUCACACUGACCCCAAUGGUGUGAUCUACAAUUUAGGAAGUAAUUUUAGUGGAAAAGGAAGCUACAAUGUGAUUAAGAUUGAUCCUAAUGCGUCGAAAGGGUUUACAUCAACUUCAAUUUUAACUAGCAUUCCAGUUCGUCAUCCAAUGUACCCAUCAUAUUAUCAUAGUUUUCUGGUUACGGAGGAUUUUAUCAUAUUCAUUGAGCAGCCUCUAGUCUCAUCAAUUCCAUCCAUACUUCUCAAUCAUUUUACUGGCGGAUCUUUUAGUGCAUCCCUAAAAUGGCGACCAGAGUUUAAGACUCGUUUCAAUGUGAUAAAAAAAUCUAACGGUGAAAUAAUUGCAAAUAAUUAUGUUAGUGAACCCUUUGCUUUCUUUCACACCAUCAACGCUUACCAGGAGGAUGGUCAUAUUAUUUGUGAUAUUUGCUGUUAUCAAGAUGGAUCCAUAGUUAAUGUAUUAUUUACCGAUAAAUUAUCUCAAAUUAGUAGUCAAGCCGCUGAAAGUAAAGCAGAAUCUGUUAAAGAAUUUCAGUCACUCCAAUCUCAGGCUCGUCGUUAUGUUUUACCCUUGAAUGUUGAUUCAUCAAAUGAGUCUUCGACAAACCUCAUCAGACUCAAAGGAUCAUCAGCAAAAGCUAAACGUAAUGGCAAUGAGAUUGAGGUGUUUUACGAACCUUUAACUUCAACUGGUUCAAGUAUGGCUGAAAUGCCUCAAAUCAACUAUCAUCAUUAUAAUGGUAAAAAUUAUCAAUAUUUCUACUCGAUUGCUAGGGGGAAAGAUCUUCUAACUCAAUUGUUGAAAUGCAAUGUAAAGACUAAAGAAACUGUGAUUUGGUCUGAUGCAGGAUGUACACCAUCUGAACCAGUUUUUAUACCAAAACCAGGAGCAAUCGAUGAAGACGAUGGUGUCAUUUUAUCUGCCGUUUUGUAUGAGAAAAUUGAAAAUGAAGGAUUCCUUCUGGUUCUGGAUGGAAAAUCAUUUAAAGAAUUGGCAAGAGCUCACUUUAAAACUCCAUCUGCAAUUACCAGUGAUUUCCAUGGUUUAUUCUAUCCUGUUGAAUCUUCAGACCAACUUAUCAAAAUUAUAAAAUGAGCUUAAAAUUAACCUGUAUUACAUUCAUAUAUGUUUGCUUUUAAAGUCAUUGUCAAUAUUUUUAAAUAAUGAACUUUGGAUUAUUUAUUUUUAAAGUAAAGGAUGUCCCAAAAGUAA